AUGACAUCAUCUAACUCUUCUAUUUCUCAUUCAUCAAUCCAAAUUUCAUCUUCAGAACCUGCCAUCAACUCGACUUCAAAUUACACUUCGGAAUCCAUUAAAUUAUUAUUGAUGAAUGAUAGUGCAAAUUAUAAAGUUAUACCAAAUCAAAGUAAACGUGUCUCAGCUGGGUGUUGGAAGAGAAUGGAAAUGGGCUUUCCAGCUAAAAAGUUACAUGAUAAAGACGAAUUUAUAGCGAUUCCUAGUUUUGCAUCUUGCUUUAAAUGUUGGGAAACUUAUCGUUAUGUAAAUUCAAGCACUACUCACAUCAAUUCUCAUAAAUGUCCUAAAUUAUUAUCAUCAAAUCAAACAUCUCUUCAUCAACAUUUUUUAUUAACAUCAAGUCCUCGUCAAACUGAUCAACACACAGUUCCUGUUUCAAAGGCUAUUGUUAAAAGAAAAGAAGAAAUGAAGAAAGUCUGUGCUCGAUGGAUCGCCCAUUCAAUGCGAUCUUUUCAAAUUGUUCAAGAUUCCGGUUUUAAAGAUGUAAUCGACGUAUGUCUAACAAUUGGUCGAGAAUUCGGUUCUGAUACAGUGAUAUCUUCUAAUGAUAUUAUUAGUUGUGAUCGAACAAUUAAAAAUGAAAUUAAAAGGUUAGCUGCCCAUGAAAGAUUAUUACUCAAGGAUCGUUUGGUGGAAGCUGUGAAAUAUGGCGGUGUGUGUAUCAGUCCAGAUAUAUGGAGCGACAAGUAUCGUAAAAUUUGUUACUUAGGUGCAACAGUUCAUUUUGUCGAAAAAGAUAACAAAUAUUACUCAGUUGAUUUAUUUUGCACUGAAUUUAAAGCAAAAAAGAAAAGCGGUGAAAAUAUAAUGAAACUGUUACGCAAGGAAUUAUUGUCUUUUGGAUUAGAAGACUAUCUGUCUGAUAUAGUAUUUGUUACUGAUCGUGGUAGUAAUUUCGUUAAAGGUUUAGAUGGCUUUACGGUGCUUUUUUGUACGGCUCAUCGUCUUAAUAAUAUUCUGAAGCACACUUUUUAUCAAAAUUUGCCAAAGGAAAAAAAGAAUGACAAAAAUAAAACAACAACAACAGUUAUUGAACGGAUAGAAAAAACACCUAAUAAAACAACUAAAUACAGAACCACAAUUCAAGCAUCACCAGAAACCGAUUCUCAGACAAAAUUAUUCGAUGGUGAAGAUGAUUGUGAAACGGAUGAUUCCGAAGUCAGUGAUGAUGAUAGUAUUGUUGACUAUUCAUCUACUACAAUUAAUGACCUACCAACGUCUGCAAGAGAAAUUUUAGAUACUAUUCAUUAUUGUAAAGCUUUAGUCAACCUUGAUCGUCAUAUUCAAGUUGAACAAGAAGAUGAAUAUAGUUCAACAGCUGAUGAUGAUAGUCAUAAAAAACAAUUCUCAAAAUUCACCACUCUUCAUCAAUCUUCGAUCGUUCGAUGGCUCUCUUUACAUGAAUUAUUAUCAAGUAUUGAAAAAGCUUAUCAUCCUCUGAAACAUAUUUUACACGAAAAACAAGAGUCAUCAAGACUCGAGAAGAUCAAUAUGAAUAUUGUUAGCCAAUUAAUACAAUUUUUGGAGCCAUGGAGAUAUGUAAUAAAUGAAAUCCAACUUGGUAAUUCACCAUCAUUAUAUAUGGUAUUACCUUGUAUCGGUUAUCUAAAGCAACAAAUUACAAAAAUGGAACGAACAAUGAGAGGUGGUAUGAAAUUAUUUGCUAAACGAGCAUCACAAUUAUUAGAAUCUAUGUUCAAAAUUGAAAAUUUGCACGCUAUGGGAACAUUUUUACAUCCAAACUAUAAACAAUUAAGAAAUGCUACACAAAUGCAAAUAAUUGAAUGUCACCGUUCAUGUCGAAUGGCAAUUCCAGCAUCAUCAACUUCGACAACUAUAUCAUCUAAUGAUUGUAAUGAUAUUAAUGAACCUUUAGCAAAGAAACCGAAACUUUUCUUAGAAUCAUUAAUGGAUGAUGUAACUCCAGUUGUAGUGACACAAACAAAAGAUGAAGUCGAUUUAUAUAUUGAUUUACAACUUAAGGAUAAUGAGAUUUAUACAAAUCCACUUAUAUUUUGGCAACAACAUCAAUCAAUGUUCCCUUAUUUAAGUAAACUUGCAAGGAAAAUAUUUGCAAUUCCUUGCAGUUCUGCCGCUGUGGAACGUGCAUUUAGCGCAGCUGGACAGGUAGUCACACAGCGUCGAUCUAGUCUCGAACCUACUACAAUUAAUGAUAUACUUUUUCUACGCUCAGUGGAAAAUAAUAAAAGACAUUUAUAA